AUGGAGUUCUAUCGCAGUGGAGGUAUCGAAGCUUUGGCGCAAUGCCAGGUCUUCGCGACCUCAUACAACCCCGAAGGCGUCCGCAUGGGUAACAAGGUCCUGCGACAGCGAUUAAGAGGACCGGCCAUGGCGGCGUACUAUCCUCGAAAGACAGCGACGAUCAAGGAUCUAAAGCGCGAGUUCGGACCGACGCUGGCUACCUGGGAUGAGGGCGAGGAGGACCGCUUCGAGUACAUUGAGGAGCUCAAGCUCCGCGGAAAGAGUGCACCCAAGAAGAAGAAGGGGCCUCCAGCUCCUACUGGCAAGAAGCGAUAA